AUGAUUGAAGACAAAGGGCCAAGAGUGACAGACUACUUUGUUGUAGCAGGACUCACUGAUACAUCUACUAUUUUGGAUCAAGAAAUUAAUCGUCUAGAUCCCAAAUCAGCCGGACCUAAAGCUCCAAUUACAGAUAUUGCUGUUAUUAUCAAAUCAGCUGGGGAGACAGUUCCUGAAGGUUACACCUGUGUGGAAGCCACUCCGACAGCUCUCCAGGCAAACUUAAAUUAUGGAAGUCUAAAAAGCCCAGAACUUUUCCUCUGUUAUAAGAGGGGAAGAGAUAAACCACCUCUUACCGACAUUGGAGUUUUAUAUGAAGGGAAGGAACGGCUUAUCCCAGGAUGUGAAGUGAUCCAAGCCACACCCUAUGGGCGCUGUGCCAAUGUCAACAAUAGUUCAACGACUUCACAGAGAAUCUUCAUCACUUACAGAAGGGCUCCUCUCAUUCGACCCCAGAAUUCCUUGGCUGUAACUGAUAUAUGUGUUAUUGUAACCAGUAAAGGAGAAACUCCUCCUCAUACCUUCUGCAAAGUGGAAAAGAACUUAAAUUGUGGGAUGUGGGGUUCCAGUGUGUUUCUGUGUUAUAAGAAGUCUGUUCCUACUUCUAAUGCGAUAGCAUAUAAAGCUGGUUUGCUUUUUAGAUAUCCAGAGGAUGACUAUGAGUCAUUUCCCCUCUCAGAAUCUGUACCUCUCUUCUGCCUUCCGAUGGGAGCGACUAUUGAGUGCUGGGAUCCCCAAACCAAAUACCCGCUUCCAGUAUUUUCAACCUUUGUACUGACAGGUUCUUCUGCAGAAAAGGUUUAUGGAGCUGCCAUCCAGUUUUAUGAACCUUAUUCUCGGGACCUUCUAACAGAAAAACAGCUUAUGCAACUGGGCCUGGUGACGCCUGUAGAGAGAAAAAUGGUCUCCAAAUCCAUCAAUUCAAAUAAAUGCAUUUGUUUACUCUCACAUUGGCCUUUUUUUGAAGCUUUUAGAAAGUUUCUUAUGUUUAUCUACAAGCUUUCUGUGUCUGGACCACAUCCUCUUCCCAUUGAAAAGCACAUUUCACAUUUUAUGCACAAUAUUCCUUUUCCUUCACCACAGAGACCAAGGAUCCUUGUACAGUUAUCAGUCCAUGAUGCAUUAAUAUUAUCACAACCAGUUUCUACACCUUUACCACUAAGUGGAGCCAACUUCAGUACCUUGUUGAUGAAUUUGGGCCCUGAAAAUUGUGCAACACUUCUCCUCUUUGUUUUACUGGAGAAUAAGAUUCUGCUUCAUUCUCUUAGGCCAGCUGUGUUAACUGGGGUAGCGGAGGCUGUUGUAGCUAUGAUCUUUCCGUUUCAGUGGCAGUGCCCGUAUAUCCCCCUUUGUCCCCUCUCACUGGCCGUAGUGCUCAGUGCCCCUUUGCCCUUCAUCGUGGGAGUGGACUCCAGGUACUUUGACCUUCACGACCCACCUCAAGAUGUUGUUUGUGUGGACUUGGAUACAAACAUGGUGUAUAUGUCAGAUGAAAAGAAGACCAUGAACUGGAAACAGCUUCCCAAAAAGCCAUGCAAAAACCUGCUAAGCACCUUGAGGAAAUUAUAUCCCCAGCUGUCUUCAGUACACAGAAAAACACAAGAAGGUUCAGCAGUUGAGAUGACUCCAAUUGAAGCAGAUUUCUCUUGGCAAAAGAAGAUGACACAGCUUGAGAUGGAAAUUCAGGAGGCAUUUUUGCGAUUUAUGGCAUCUAUAUUAAAAGGAUAUAGAACAUUUCUCAAGCCAAUUACAGAGGCUCCUUCAAAUAAAGCCACAGCUGCUGAUUCACUGUUUGACCGACAGGGAUUUUUAAAAAGUCGUGAUCGUGCCUAUACAAAAUUCUACACCCUUUUAUCCAAAACACAGAUUUUUAUUCGUUUCAUUGAAGAGUGCAGUUUUGUAAGUGAUAAAGAUACUGGAUUUGCGUUUUUUGAUGACUGCAUAGAAAAGUUGUUUCCUGAUAAAAGCACAGAGAAAAUAGAUAAGGUUGAUUUUGAUUCAGCAGAAGAUACGAAAUUGAUAGAACUAGAUGAGUCACAGAAGAGUGAGCAUACGGUGUUCAUAAUGCCACCUGAGCCACCCACGGAUGAUGGCAAGGACCUCCUCCCAAAGUACAGUUACAAAUACUUUCCAAGACUGGACCUUAAGCUUUUUGACAGACCACAGGAGUUGAAACUUUGUUUUAGUAGACACUCUGCAGGGAAUAGCAUUGCGAACAGUCCAGCUCUCAUGGCUAAAAGAACUAAACAGGAGAUAAAAACAGCUCAUAAGUUGGCAAGGAGAUGUUAUACAAACCCUCCUCAUUGGGCCAAGUGCCUAUUCAGUCACUGUUACAGCCUCUGGUUUAUCUGUCUCCCAGCCUAUGUCAGAGUUUCUCAUCCCAAGGUCAGAGCUCUGCAGCAGGCAUAUGAUGUACUUAUUAAGAUGAGGAAAACAGACGUGGACCCACUGGAUGAGGUGUGCUAUCGAGUAGUAAUGCAACUUUGUGGACUGUGGGGCCAUCCAAUUUUAGCAGUGAGAGUCUUAUUUGAAAUGAAAACUGCUAAGAUAAAGCCAAAUGCCAUUACUUAUGGUUAUUAUAAUAAGGUGGUUUUGGAGAGCUCAUGGCCCAGCAGUACCCGCAGUGGAAUCUUCUUAUGGACGAAGAUACGGAAUGUGGUCCGUGGCUUGGCACAGUUUAGGCAGCCACUCAAAAAGACUGUGCAGAAGCCACAGGUCUCCUCAAUAUCAGGGGGUCAGUCUGACCAAGGCUAUGGGUCUAAGGAUGAACUUAUAAAGGAUGAUGCGGAAAUUCAUGUGUCUGAAGAGCAAGUAGCAGGAGAGUUGGCCACCAAAACAAAAAUGCAAACAGAAGAUGUAUGUGAUAUCCCUACUCUCGGGACAAAGCAUUCACAAACUAGUCCAGAGUCCCAGAGUCCCGUGGAACCUCCUGUGUGGGGUGGCAGUAUUGUGAAAGUUCCCUCUGGUGUAUUUGAUACCAGCAACAGGAAAAAUAGCAUUGGUGAUACAUCAAGUGUGAUGUUAUCUUCUCCAGAUCCAGUGGAAGAAGUAGUGUUUGAUGAUGGUACUAAUCUUAAAAAGACCGGUGAUCGAGGAGAAAAAAGGCAAAAGCAUUUUUCAGAGAGGAGUUGUAGUUUUAGUUCUGAAAGUCGAGCAGGCAUGUUGCAUAAGAAGAGCAGCAUGGAUUUGAAUUCGAGCGAGGUGGCCAUCAUGCUGGGAGCAGAUGCCAAGAUUCUGACAGCAGCCUUGACGGGUCCUAAGACUUCUCCACUCCACAGCCCAAAACCCCAGAGCUUUGAGCCCGCUAGCUGUCCUGUAGCUGACCCGCGAGCCCAUGUGUCCGAAAGCACUUGGGAGUCAGAGCAUAGGUCCUCUCCGGUGUUAGAGAUGCUCGAGGAGAGUCAGGAGCUCCUGGAGCCUGCAGCUGAUGAUAAUGUAGCUAAAACUACCACGACACAGGAUGCCUGUGACAGUUCCCAGGAAGACGGCAACAGUAACCAGAGCAGAGACUUGAAGGCAGGACACAAAGAUCCAGUAAGUAAGAGAAGCAAUGUCUACAGCAUGGCUAAAGCUGUGGAAAGGGAAGAUGUUGAAAAGGGGCUGGAUCCUCUGUCUCUCUUUGCCACCGAAUGUACAGGCAACAAAACUCCUGAUUCGGAAGAGAAAGCAUUUUCACCAACUAUUGCACGUAAUCUCGCCGAUGAAAUUGAAAGCUAUAUGAACCUUAAAAGUCCCCUGGGCAACAAGUCUUCUAGUAUGGAGUUACAUGGAAAAGGACACAAGGAGCCUGCCCCCAGCCCUGCGUUUAUUCACCCUUUAGAGAGGAGAUCAAGUCUACCUUUAGAUCAUGGCCCGCCAACCCAGGAAAAGCCCAAGGGUGGAAAGAGUCCUCCCACGGUGUCCAGGUCUAAAACCUUCACUGGGCAUUUUAAAGCGCAGACUCCCUCUCGAUCUUACAAAGAGCGUUCGACUUCUUUGUCAGCGCUGGUGCGUUCCUCGCCACACGGCUCUUUGGGGUCUGUGGUAAACUCGUUGUCGGGGCUAAAGCUGGAUAAUAUACUCUCAGGGCCCAAGAUCAACGUCCUCAAAGUUAGUAUGAAACAAGCCGCCUCAGCCGCUGGUAAAGUGUGGGAAGCCGUAACAUCGGUCUACAGCUACUCCGAUGAUGAGGAGGAACCAAGUAGAGAUUACAGCUUCCCAGCCGGCCUAGAAGACCAUAUUUUGGGAGAGCCUAACGUGGGUAUGGGCUCCAGUGAGCUCACCCAGAGCACCACGAGCCUGGGCAGCAGCAGCAGCAGCGGAGACGUGGGCAAACUGCAUUACUCCACAGGUGAUGUUCUAUAUCCAAGAGGAUUAAAAGGGCAGGACUUUGAAAAAUCAGAGCAUGGUUCUUCCCAAAAUACUAGCAUGUCGAGCAUCUAUCAGAAUUGUGCAAUGGAGGUGUUGAUGUCGAGCUGCUCACAGUGUAGAGCUUGUGGAGCUCUGGUUUAUGAUGAAGAAAUCAUGGCUGGUUGGACUGCCGAUGACUCCAAUUUGAAUACAACCUGCCCAUUCUGUAAAAGCAAUUUCUUGCCUCUUCUCAAUAUAGAAUUUAAAGACCUGAGGAGCUCUGCAAGCUUUUACCUGAAACCGAGUACUUCUGGUGACAGUUUACAAAGUGGCAGUAUUCCAUUGGCAGCUGAGCCCCUGGAGCACAAACCUGUAUCCAGCACAGGAGAGCCUGACUUGAUCAACUUUAUGGAUUUGCCAAAACAUCCCCAUACCAUAACUGAAGAGACAAGUGCUGCAGUUGAAUCAAGUGAUGAGCUAAAGAAAGAUGGUGGAAAUGAUGCCCAAACUAUGAAAAUCUCACCAGCACCUAAUAGUUUAUCUAAACGAAGUAUAUCUUUGACUCGAAGUCACAGUGUUGGAGGCCCCUUGCAAAACAGUGAUUUUUCUCAGCGACCAUCUCACGGCAUUUCGACAGUUAGUCUUCCUAAUAGUCUGCAGGAAGUUGUGGAUCCAUUAGGCAAGAAGCCCAACCCUGCCCCUGUUUCUGUGCCAUACUUGAGUCCUCUCGUGCUUCGUAAAGAGCUUGAGUCUCUGCUAGAAAAUGAAGGGGACCAGGUGAUCCACACAUCCUCUUUCAUCAAUCAGCAUCCCAUCAUUUUCUGGAACCUCGUUUGGUAUUUCAGACGUUUGGACCUUCCUAGUAACUUGCCAGGACUUAUCCUCACAUCAGAACAUUGUAAUGAAGGCAUACAGCUUCCUCUAUCAUCUCUGGCCCAGGAUAGCAAACUUGUGUAUAUUCAGUUGUUAUGGGAUAAUAUCAACCUUCACCAGGAACUGGGAGAACCUCUGUAUGUGUCAUGGCGGAAUCUCAAUUCUGAGAAGAAACUGCCGCUCGUGUCAGAGGAGCAGCAGGCAAUGAGCAGUUUAGCAGAACGCAUCAGGCAGAGCAUUCAGCACAACGAUGUCCUCAAACCCAUCAACCUUCUUGCACAACAAAUGAAACCAGACAGUAAAAGACAAAGGAGUUUAUACAGAGAAAUCCUUUUCUUAUCAUUAGUGUCCCUUGGAAGAGAGAAUAUUGAUAUUGAGGCUUUUGACAACGAAUACAGACUUGCAUAUAAAAGCCUGUCUUCAGAAAUUCUUGAAAAACUGCAGAAAAUUGAUGCCCCACCGAAUACCAGUGUGGAGUGGUGUCGGAAGUGCUUUGGAGCGCCUCUCAUUUAAAGAAGAGAU